AUGCAAAUGGUCAAGGAUGUUCUAGCCAACAGUGAUAAAGUUUCAGAGGUCCUACAAGAGUCUACUCAUCAGUUCAACCUGCUUACUUCACCCACCUUCCUACCAAAGGUCAAGGAUCAAGGGAAAUUCACUCUCCCUUGCACACUUGGGCAUCUUGAGAUUGACAAUGCCUUAGUGGAUUCUGGAGCAAGCAUCAAUCUGAUCUCUCUCUCCAUGGCAGAGAAGCUAGGCAUAGCUGGAGCCUUGCAGCGCCCUACUACUUCAAUCAUCUUUGGAGAUGCAACUACUAAGUCUCCUCUUGGAGUGUUCAAGAACUAUCACUUGAAAAUUGGAGAAUGCAUCAUCCAAACUGAUCUCACUGUGAUGGAAAUGGAAGAAGAGAAGGAUUUGCCUUUUAUUGGGAACCCCUUUCCUUAUACCAAUCUCAGUUCUAAGAGUCAUGGAGCUACAAAGGUUGUGAAGGAAAGGGUUGACAAGGAACCAAGAGUUGGGAAGGAUAAGGAUGAGAGAGGACCAAGGAUUGAGAAGCCACGUCUUGAGAGGGCUAGAGUUGAGAAACCACGAUCUGAUAGGCCAAGAGCUGAGCGACUUGUUCAAGCCCCUUGUGUGCUUGAUGAAGAGAGCCUUCAAGCUUUGUUUGAUGAGCCACUAGGAAGGGCUCUACAAGAAGGGGAGGAUGCAGCCUCUAAGGCAAGACCAGGAGAUAAAAGAAAGGAUCCACCAGCUCAGGCCCCUUCAGUCAAGCCAUCUCAGCUCACAAUGACUUUGUUCCCCACCAAGUUUGAAAAUGGGAAGAUUGAGUACAAGAUAAGGUACAAGGGGAGAUCAAGGCCAUUCUCUAGAGCCAAGGCCUUGGUGACUUCAGAACAGUCCAGGGACCCAACCAAGCUAAAGGAGCUUCUGUCUCAAGUCCUCACUAUCACCCUUGAUGGUGGGACUAGCUCAACCAAUGCCUAA